UGAUACACUUUUUACUUGCAAGUGGAAUACUGGGUUUCCCGGUUUUUUGUCUUCAGGAAACCAAAUGCAAAAUAUGGGAAAGGUUUCAGUUGAAUAGCUUAUAUAAAAAAGGAGAUAUUAUGUUAGGUGGAACGUUCAUUUUAAACUUUAAAACAAUACCGCCAGACUUAACCUUUACUUCUAAACCUGAUAAUUGGGAAUGUGAUGGUUUUGAGAUUUCUGUUUUCCAACGGGCACAGGCAAUGAUCUUUGCAAUUGAAGAAAUUAACAAAAACCAGACGUUUUUACCAAACAUAACAUUAGGCUACAGAUUAUAUGAUGAUUGUAAUAAUGUGCAAGUGGGCCUUAGAGCUACCAUAGAGCUGACUGGUGGCCUUGAAGAUGACAUCACUAAUUAUAACUGCAAGGAAUAUCCUCCUGUUCUGGCAAUUGUUGGAGAUCCAUUGUCUUCACAUUCCAUAGCCACAUCAAGGAUCUUAAGUGUUUUUCAGAUUCCCAUGGUCAGCUUUUCUGCUACAUGUUCCUGCUUAAGCAAUAAACAAGAUUAUCCAACAUUCUUCAGGACAAUUCCAAGUGAUAGAUUCCAAGUAAAAGCUAUUGUUCAAAUAAUUAAACAUUACAGAUGGACUUGGAUUGGCGCUAUUGCAACAGAUGAUGAUUACGGACAGAAUGCUCUCAAGGAUUUCAUUAAAGAAAUACAAACGAUUGCCUGUAUUGAAUUCACAGAAACUAUCCCAAUUGUUAACGAGAAGGUAACAUUUCUUAAGAUUGUCUCUACUAUUAAAAAAUCAAGUGCAAAUGUCAUUGUUGUGUUUUCAUCUGAAGAAGAAUUAAGCGCUUUGGUUAAGGAAGUUGUGCAGCAAAAUAUUACAGGAAGGCAAUGGAUUGCAAGUGAAUCAUGGAGUACAUCAGCAGUCCUAGCUGUCAAGGAGAACUUUGUUUCCUUUGGUGGCACAAUAGGCAUUGCGAUUCGCAAAGGAGAAAUUCCAGGUUUUAAAGAAUUUCUCCAGCAAAGUAAUCCUGAUUUAAAUUCACAAAACAAUCUAAUGGUUCAAUUUUGGGAGUCUUUAUUUCAAUGUAAAUUUAUGAAUGCCACAAAUCAAAGUAACUUUUCUUCAAAAGUGUGCACAGGAUCAGAGGAUAUCAAAACAACAAAAACAGCCUAUAGUGAUGUAACUGAUUUAAGGCUGCCGUAUACCGUGUACAAAGCAGUAUAUGCCAUAGCACAUUCACUUCAUGACCUGAUGGCAUGUAAAACUGGUGAGGGGCCAUUUCUUAACAACUCCUGUGCCAACAUCCGAAAUGUUCAACCGUGGCAGCUUCUGUAUUACUUGAAAAAAGUUAAUUUUGUAAACCAUCUUGGGGAAAGAGUAACUUUUGAUGAAAAUGGAGAUCCUUCUGCAAUUUAUGAUAUAGUCAAUUGGCAGCUAAGCAAUGAUGAAUCAGUGGAUUUCAAAAUUGUUGGCCUUUUUGAUGAAUCACAGAGUGGAAAAGAGCUCUCACUUAAUGAAAAAGAUAUUUUCUGGAACUCUGCUACUGGAAGGGUUCCAGAAUCCGUUUGCAGCAAAAGCUGCCUGCCAGGUACAAGGAAAGCUACCCGCAAAGGGGAACCAAUUUGUUGUUUUGAUUGCAUUCCAUGUGCAGAUGGAGAAAUCAGCAGUCAGAAUGAUUCCACAGAAUGUUUUACCUGUCCACCUGAGUAUUGGUCAAACCAUGAAAGAAGUGAAUGCAUUCAAAAAGAAAUUGAAUUUCUUUCAUAUGAUGAUGCCAUGGGAAUAACACUAACGGCAACUUCAGCACUUGGGGCCUGUCUAUCACUAAGUGUGCUUGCAAUUUUCAUCCACCACAGACACACCCCAGUAGUCAAAGCCAACAACUCUGAGCUCAGUUUCCUGUUGCUGGUGUCACUCACACUUUGCUUCCUCUGUGUUUUGUGUUUUAUUGGAAAACCUUCAGAUAUAACAUGCACAAUAAGACAUGUGGUGUUUGGCCUUAGCUUUGCUGUGUGUAUAUCUUGCAUUCUUGUCAAAACUAUUGUUGUAAUUAUGGCCUUUAAGGCUACACUUCCUGGCAAUAAUAUGGUCAAAUGGUUUGGUACUUCUCAACAGAGAGGCACUGUGUUUUUCACAGCCUUCAUUCAGUGCAUUAUAUGUUUAGUAUGGCUAACGACUGCUCCCCCUGUUCCAAAUAAAAAUACAAAAUACCAAAAUUCCAAAAUAAUAUUUGAAUGUCAUGUAGGAUCUUUGAUUGGUUUUAGUUGCCUUUUGGGAUAUAUUGGUUUACUGGCUUGCAUUUGUUUUCUGUUAGCUUUCCUUGCUAGAAACCUACCAGAUACCUUCAAUGAAGCCAAAUUCAUCACAUUCAGCAUGCUCAUCUUCUGUGCGGUCUGGAUAACGUUUGUACCUGCUUAUAUCAGCUCUCCUGGAAAACAUACCGUAGCAGUAGAGAUAUUUGCAAUCUUGGCCUCAAGCUUUGGUCUUCUGUUUUCAAUCUUUGCUCCCAAAUGCUAUAUCAUUCUCCUUAGACCGGAACUAAAUACAAAGAAAGCGUUGAUGGGAAGAGCAGGUCAAAAUAUGUGAAUAAUUACUCCACCUGUAUGGCUUGAUUAUUUUUAAAAUAAAUGAAAAUAUAG